CCCCCGGUGCUAUGAAAGGGGCUGCGGGGGGGGGGUGCCCGGUCCAGAGCCGCUGUCCCGCCGCGCCGCUCCGCACCGGCGGCCGCUGCCCUCACCAUGAACAGAGGCUUCUCCAAGAAGAGUCACCCAUUCCUGCCCAAGCUGUUUAGGAAAAUGUCGACUCAGUCAGCCAAAGAAAGACCCGAAAGUUUGCACUUCCCCUUCCUGGACGAUGAAGACACCAUCGCCACGCUCAAAGAGUCCAAAACCUUCUUCAUCCUCCGAGGCCUGCCCGGCAGCGGGAAGUCCACGCUGGCCCACGCUAUCCAAGACCGGUACAAGGAUGCCUGCAAGGUGAUCUCGGUCGAUGGCUAUAAAAUCACUCCUUCCGUUCGAAGCGCCAUUCCCGAAGAGUAUUCCAAGGUGGACGAGGAUCUAGUUGACUAUUGCAAACGCGACAUCAGCGUUAUCGUUUUGGAUGACACCCACCACGAGAGGGAACGACUGGACCAGCUCUUUGAUAUUGCUGACAAAUACCGGUACAAAGUCAUCUUCGCCGAGCCCAAAACCCCGUGGCGACAGGAUUGCUCGCAGCUGAAGGAGAAGAACCAAUGGAAACUGUCAGUGGAAGAGCUGAAGAAGAUGAAGCCGAGCCUGGAGAAGGAAUUCCUGCCCAUGUAUUUUGGGUGGUUUCUGAGCAAAAGAAGCUCGGAGAUCCUGCGCAAGGCUGGCCAGGCCUUCUUGGAUGAGCUUGCAAGUCUCAAAGCCUUCAAAAAGGAGAGUAAAUACUUUGCUUCCGCUAUCGAAGACCCCAAAAUCAAACUCGCCCUCACCAGCUACUUCGUGAAGAGGCCGCCCGGGGUCCUGCACUGCACCACCAAGUACACCGAGUUCGGGAAGGCAGCCGGGGCCGAGGAGUACGCGCAGCAGGAGGCUGUGAAGGCUUCGUACGGCAAAGGCUUCACCUUGUCCAUCUCGGCCCUGUUCCUCACGACAAAAACUGUGGGUGCUCGCGUGGAGCUGAGCGAGCAGCAGCUGCUGCUGUGGCCGGGGGAUGCCGACAAGAUCCUGCCCACCGACAGCCUCCCGAAGGGCAGCCGGGCCCACAUCACCCUCGGCUGCGCCAACGGCGUCGAGGCCGUGCAGACGGGGCUGGAUCUGCUGGAGUUCGUGAAGCUGGAAAAGGCAGGGAACAAAGGGGAAGAAGUGGGGGAGAUUGGAGGAGGGAAACUGCUGUAUUUUGAUAACGGGAUGUGGAUGCUCACCCUCUCGAAAAAGAUCGAUGUGAAGGCGAUAUUCUCGGGGUACUACGGAAAAGGGAAACUCGUGCCAACGCAGAGCACCAACAAACGGGGCUCCGCUUUUAGCUCCUGCACCAUCAUCUAGGAGCGUGGGGAGGGCGCCUCGUUUGCUUGGCUUUAAAAGGCAAGUAACUCCUGUAACCUUUAAAUGUGGAAAGAGAAAUAAUGCUACCUUUACUAAAGCCCUUUUGCCAGCCCCUGGGUGAAGCCUCUCUGCAGAGGUAACCGGCCUCUGAACAAGGACGAAAACAAGCACCAAAGCAAAGCUGCCCCAUAACCACUGCCGGCGGCUGAAGGGCUGCUGAGGGUAUUUAACACAAGUGUGCUCUGCUUGUUUUCCUCCUCAGAGGAAGAGCCCCCAUGGUCUCUUGUAACUUCCCUAUGAACCACAAUCGUUUGAUCCUUACCUGUCAGCACCCCAAAGCCUGCACAGACGGGGCUGACGCCAAGCGACACAACCGCCCCUUGGCUCCCCUUCAUCUGCAGCCCAGGGCCCGACCCCACUCAUUCCGGUACCCGAGGCCUGGGUACAACCCUGCAGGACCCUGGUGCAGGUCCCUUCUGCGUGGCAGUUACUGAGCCCAGGCUGCAGGAGGGGGCACAUGGCCCAGGGGGGCCGCCAGCCAUGCUCUGCCCAACUCCUGUCUGUGCCCAUGUCCCUUCACCGCAGGGGAGGGAUGCGCUGGCGAGCGACAAGGAAAGGACCUUGGCAGGCGGUGUCUUAAAGGCCCCUGCGAUGCAGUGAAAGGGAAGCACCAGGAGAGGUGCUCAGAUCCUGCAGCUUCCCUUCACCCAUCGGAGCGGGCGGGAGCAAGCACUGUCCCUGUCCUUAUCCUGUAGGGAACAAUCCUGCCUCGGCAGGGAGCGGAAGAGAUGAACUCGAGUCUUUUCCAUCUUUGAUAGAAACUAAAAUCGUGUCUGAAGUA